UUCCCACAAUAAGCACGCACUAUACCCUACUAUACCCUACUAUACCUGCGCUGUUUGGCCAUACUACAUAAGACUUCGAAACUUCAAGUUCAGCCUUUUGGUUUCUUGACAACCCGAUCACUGGAUUUGAAUUAUGCUAAUAGCCUAGCAUCGACUUUUUCACAUUCUACACGCCAUUUAUUUGCCCUUGCACUGAAGCUCUAUUUAUAAUUAGCCCUUUAAACACUCUUCGUUCAUGUAUGCCCAUCACCCACAUACUUUCUACUCCCCUUCUAGCUCUCCACCCUCUUCCCCAUGCCCGUUCCCGGAUUCUUCCCCAGCCUCGUCUCCCACUAGAAGCACCAGCGACCUUCCUAGUCUAGACCUCCUAAACGCCGACUUUCCCUCCCCUUCUUUAAACUCGCAUUCACCUCCGCUGCACCCGUUCUCCGGGUCAGCCAAACAGGUCAAACAGUUCCGCAUGCAUGAGAAGAAGACGACGAUGGUGAAACGGUCGCUUUCGCCUGAUGAUUAUUCGGUGUUUGAUUCCUCGCCGACGAAUUUGACUGCAAAGAAAGUUCGGUAUGGCUACGUGGACAAGGAUUCUCGUGAUAAAUACGAGGAGGAUCUGGUGCAGCCACCAAAGCACCGGGGUUUUAGUAUGGCGUUUGAAGGGAUAGAUUUCAAUUCUCCUAGCUUAUUUGAUCCUGACGCGUUCAAUAACUUGUGUCCGUCGGUGACUGGGUCAGACCCUGGGCCUGAGAAGUUGUUUGAAGACACUGUGGAGAAAGCAUACAUGGAUUGUAGUCUGCAUAUCGCGUUCGAACGUCAAAACCUUUCCUACCUCCCCGAACGCGGGAUAACUGACCUCAACAAUAUCGUCAUCCUCGACCAAUACUCUGAACAGAAUUUCGUUAAUCCAGAAACUAUUGCUCGUUCAGCUGCAAGCCGCUCAAGUUCAAAUUCAAAUUCAGAACAAUCAACCUCGACUUCGGAUUUGUCAUUUCAUCAUCACCGUAAACGGAGUCAGGCUCAUCGUCUAGAAAUGAGUCGGACACCAAGCACACGCACACUACCAGGUGUACCUCGACAAUCAAUGACUCUAUUAUUGGCUGAUAACCUUCUCACUCGUCUUCCUCCGCAAUUAUUUCACCUUGAUAGGUUGACUGUUUUAUCACUCCGUUCAAACAAAUUAGCCUUCCUCCCCCCGGAAAUCGUCUUCCUCGCGUCAUUAAAAGAACUCAACGUCGCCAACAACAGGUUGGCUUAUCUCCCAGCUGAGAUGCUUGGGAUGACAUUAUCCAAAUUGUCUGUGCAGCCCAAUCCGUUUAUAUCUCCGCCUCCGUCGCUUCUAUCCGAAACGCGUUCGUUCAGGCGAACGUUGACGAGGAACAAGACAAGUAAAUCUCGGUUGGGUCAGGCUGUGCCUAGGAUGAUGUCCCCGGUCAAGUUGAUCUUCAAGAACGGUGUUCCGUCACUGUUUGAGUUGUGUUUAAGGGCUUUUACCACUACUUCCAACAGUAACUACUCCAACAACCCCUUCUCCUCCUUCUCCGCUGCAAACUCCUCCUUUCCAUCUUUCACCCCUUCUCCAACAAAAAGUUUCAACAGUCCAACUCCAAAUCAAACACCGACCAAAAAUACCCCUGAUGCAACAAUUUCCUUCAUCUCUCCCCAUGUCCGUCGACCAAAAAUCGAACUGAUAUAUGACUUACCCCCCGAAUCCACAUCUUUCCUCCCUCCCUCGGUUCAACGCCGCUUGCAUUAUGCGGUUCCGGGGAGCGUGAAGGGGUAUUCAAGUGAUGACGAGUAUGAGAAUCGGUGUCAGAGUCAGGAUUGGGAUCAUCACUCCUCCCUUACCGAUACCAAUACCAAUUCCAUUUCCGAUCUAGACGAGGUUACUGGUGUAGGGUUUUGUCCUUCUCCGUGUCAUCGCCAUCAUGGUCCUAAUGGCCUUACCUCCUCCCUCUGUUACCAACACACCGAAGAGCGAUUCACAUGGGAGAGUACAAUUGCGGGUGUAGAAAAUCUAGGAGAGAUCCCUAUGAGGUGGAGAGGAUGUCUCAAGGGGUGUUUAGGGUUUCUGGAUGUUGGAGAUGGAGAUGGAGAUGGAGAGAAAGCGGAGAAGGGGCAGACCAUCUCGACCUCAAUACCUACGCCUAUCCCAACUUUGGGACCUGGUUCGGAUGUGGCAACUGCAGGCAUGACUUCAUCUCCGCCCAUGGAUAUUGAUUUGGAUUUGGAACAUGCCGUGAAGCCAGUCGAUUUAAGCGGUGUGGAGUUUACGGAGAACGAUUUUGACGAUGAAUAAUGAAGGGAAGGAGGCAGUAUUAGGGUAACACCCUAAUACUGCAGUGGUAUCACGGUGUGUUUCCUCAGGUUCCAUAUCUUGCACAUUUUUUGGCUCUCACUAAAUCGAACAACUCACUGCAUUUGUACAUUAUCUCUACAUACAUA